AACAGCGGGGAGAGGCUUUUGAUGUUUCGGUGGUCAAAGCUAUUUGGGAUCCACAGAGCACUUAGAAUUGGCUGAAUAGAAUGGUCAAUCUGGACAUUGUGGAAGUGCUCACUUUUGAAAAUAGAAUGAUUUAAUAACUAAAAAUAUGAGCUAGAGAUGACCUUGAGGUGCUCUUUCUCAGCCACUUUCAAGAGUAUGCUAGUGUGUUCUGCGUCUAGUACAAGAUGUGAAGCCGUUCUUCAAAAAUUCUUGAUUCAAGAACGAAACUGGAUGCACCAAUCAGUGGCCCCGGCUAUUAUUUGAAAUCCAAACUAUAUCUUCAACACUGAUGUGCCAUGAUGGUGACAUGAGGGUAUCAAGUGCACUGUAAAAUUCUUUUCCAGACCGUGGUUGAUCUAGUUACAGUUCGAACUAAAACUUUCAGCAGUCAUGAAGCCGUAGAGUUGGACUUGCGCUUUGGCAACCAUGAGAUUACGGCGUCAUUGCAACAAUGAAUUUGGGAGAAAUAUAGAAAAGCGACGCGAGAAGACAGUGAUGAGUCGAUCAAAACAAACUAGAGGUAAAUAAAGCGAGACCAUGACAUCAACAGGGGUCGGCAGGGCUUGUAUAAGGCUGAAGAAGAGUGCCGCAUCUGAUCUCUUGCACAGAGUUGACAGUGUGGAUCCAGUUACUUCUUAGGUUUCUCAUCCUGUUCUCUGAAUACUGGAAGUUUUGUACUGACUAGUGAUUCGGAAGCUUUCAUGAAUCCAAAUGUCGGCGAUUCGCCAUGUCAUCAGAUGAUGCUAUUGAAGAAGAUGAUGCUGAGUAACUAAUUUUGGGGAUUUUAGCGAUACAGACUUCCCCAAAACAAAGGAUGUCGAUGCAGUGAGAUCCUUAUUAGAUGAUCUUGUCCCGGAAACAAUUUCUGGAAAACCGAUACGUGAGGAUUGUGAAGGAGUUAUUGGGCAUAAUUGGAAACUUUCUGGGUAAGUCUGCACUCAGAACUACUGUGCGUGUGUUUUACAUCAGCCAGGUAUGUUCACGCCCCCAACAUUGGCAAUUCCGGUUGAAAUACAACGUCGGCCUUUUACUUGCAUUCAAAGAUUGAGCCUAGAGUUUGAUCUAAAACAUUCGUUUCUCAACCUGCUAGUGGAGGGCGAAAUAAGCAAUACGUUCUGACAUCGUGUGAAGUAUCAAUGAAUACAGAGUACAGAUUGAUCAUGUGAUCAUGUCAAAUGCCAAGUUUUGUCCUCCGUUUCUGCUUUGGCAGAUCUUAUUUGUCUUAAUGUCGAUUCCAGCAUGCAUGCUAGAUUGCGCAACAAUUUCGAGCGAGUUCUUCGCAUCUUUAUGGUAUUUGGUUGGUAUCUUGCUAACUGAAUAUUUAUUGAUUGUUGAUCAAUGAACCGUUUGCAUGGGCAAGAAAAGAUAUGCCCAAUGAAGCGCUCAACGCAGCCCAGAGCUCUCAUAUUGCACUUACUGUCAGAAAAAGAAACUGGCUUAUAAUUCUUAUCAGCCGAAGAUAAAGGGUUUUCUUGGAACUUCUCAGAUUCUCAUUAUCUCACCUCAGUGGGUGCCUUAUAUUUGUGGUAGUAUAAGUUCAUGCUAGUUGUGGGCAGCAUAUUUCUGUAAAGCCUCUACACAUCCUAAUGACUCAAGGCUGUUUGUAAAUUCUACCCCAGAAAGUUAAGUUAAAUGUUUAUAUUUUGACUCUUCAACAAGAUUGUCAUAAAUAUUGGGUCGCAGGGACCAUCCCGAUGACCCCCACACAUGUUACAGUCACAGCAUUGUACCUAACGUUGAGAGCGCUCUGGGUCUUCCAAGUUCUGAAACUCACAUGGAAGUUGUUGCCAUGAAUUCAGUUAAAGUUUGCUCUAGUGAAGUUAGUUUGAACUAAAGAUUCGGCAACGAUCUUUACUGUUGGCCCCUGAAGACCUAGAAGCAGAAUAUCGCAGGAAUCGAGCGUCACUGUUUGCUUGCUUCUUCAAGAAUCGUGUCUGCAUGCCUGCAAUUUGUGGAUCCCAAGGGAAAUUAAAGUACUGCGGCAUCCAUCCGUGACCCGGAAACUGUGCAGUUUCCUCGACAGUCGAUUGUUAUUGUCAGGUAGUACAUUCUGCAAGUGCCACCGUAUUUUAGCCAACCAUGAAAGUGCGCAUUUAUGAAGCCUUGUACAAAUUAUAAUUUUGGCGUCCUGCUGAGUUCAGCUGGCAGCUCGUAGCAUCUGCCAAGUUGCAACUAAAGCAUCGAAUCUUGGGACUGAAUCUUCGUCAACCUUUAAGAGCAUUCUUCUCCAUCAUUUCGACAUCAGAAAUGGUUUGGCGUCAGUAAUUUGAAGGCUGCGAGCAAGAAAUUUCGUAUAUUUUUUGAGCAGUUCAAAUCUUGAAACCAAGAUAAGUUCUGAGAUAAACCAUUCGAAGAUGAGCACUUCAGGUAGGAAGGGCUCGAUCGCCAUGACGGAAAGAAGUCGUGCUCUUGUAGAAACGACAGCGUUAUCGACAUCUUCGAGCCCUGAUGGAAUGGCGCCACCAGUGCAGCCCAUUGAGAGACCUUUUAUCGCUGCUCCUCCUUUCUCGUUUCCUACAGCUUCCGACACACCAACAGAGGCUUCUUCUGUGACAAUGACGCCGGAGUCCAGCUGCGACCAAACAAAUUUUGGGUCCAACCUUAUAGCGUCGCCAUGGCGAAGUCCCACAAAUAGAGCUGCGGGCAGACCGCCGUCGAAUUUCGUCUCACCGAUUGGGACACCCCUUCACAGGAGCCUGCACAAUCUGCAACAUUACCUCGAAGAAGGUGGACAUUCCACAACACUCCAUGUGAGAGACACAUGGCUUCCACUGACCGAGAGCCGCAAUGGAAAUAUGGUAUACGCAGCAUUCCACAAUUUGAAUGCCAUGAUAGGGUAUCAGGCUCUAUUCCUCCCAUUCGCCUUCAUUUACCUUGGCUGGACAUGGGGCUUGACUGUAUUAUGCUUGGCUUUCACGUGGCAAAUGUACACAAAAUGGCAACUUAUCAUGCUGCACGAAACCGAACCUGGAAAGCGAAUCCGGAACUAUGUUGAACUUUCGCAAGAAGCUUUUGGGCAGACCAUAGGGUUUCACACGACAAUUCCUGCUGUACUGAACUUGACUGUAGGGACCUCCAUAGGUCUUGUGGUUGUGGGAGGGAGCGCACUAGAGCUUUUCUACCUGACUGUCUGCCACAAGUGUGUCGAUAAUCCUCUGUCAAUGAUCGAGUGGUGCAUCGUAUUCUCUGCUCUUUGUCUUAUCUUAGCGCAAUUGCCGAAUAUGAACUCCAUAGCCAGUGUUUCACUAGCUGGAGCUCUCAUGGCUGUCUCAUACACUACCCUAAUCUGGAUGAUCUCCGUCUUCAAAAAACGACCCCAAGACAUCUCUUAUUCAUUGGCAACGAAGGGGGAUAGUCCGUUAGUGACAACAGUUGCCGUCUUAAAUGCAAUUGGGAUCAUAACCUUCGCCUUCCGAGGCCAUAACCUCGUUCUUGAAAUACAGGGAACGCUGCCGUCUACGUUGAAAGAGCCAUCGUCUAUAUCUAUGUGGAAGGGAGCAAAACUUGCAAACUUGGUUCUGGUCUUUUGCUUUUUUCCAUUAGCAAUUGGUGGUUAUCGUGGAUUUGGAAAUAAGAUGCUCAAUUCAGGAAUCUUGUACUCACUUCAAGCUGCGGAUUUGUCCAAAACUGCGAGAGGAUUCCUUGCUUUAACCUUCCUCUUUGUAAUGUUCAGUUGUCUGAGCUCCUUCCAGAUCUUCUCCAUGCCAGUUUUUGACAUGAUCGAGCAAUUCUACACAGGAAAAUGGAACAAAAAGUGUAGUCCCUGUGUGAGGUUAUUCUCUAGAUCGGUGUAUGUUCUAGUGGUCUUCUUCAUGGCGAUUGCAUUUCCCUUUUUGACAAGCCUGGCUGGCCUUAUAGGAGGCCUCAACUCCAUUCCUGUUACUUUUGUCAUACCCUGCUUCAUGUGGCUAAGUAUUCGACGACCUAACAAGCGGAGUUUCACCUGGUGCCUUAACUGGUUCUUGGCAAUCUUUGGGAUAAUCACAAGUUGUCUUGUCAGUGCUGCAAGCGUAGGUGUUAUCAUCCAAAGAGGGAUUAAGCUCGAGUUUUUCAAGCCUCAUGCCUGAAAGAAUUCCCUCUAACUCCGUCCAUAAUUUCGGGUGCAGAGUCGCACUUUUGCCGACAUAUCCCAUUCCAUUGCUGGCAUCAUCCUGCUAGCAUCAGACUUUAUUAGAUAGAAAGAGAGUUGGUGAGAUUGAUAGAAUCACAGGUGGAGCCACCCACAUGAAACACGCUGGUCCAUUAUAAGAACAAGAAUUUCAAAUUUAUUGUCUAUAUCUUUUCAUUCAGAAGAGAGAAUGUGAUCUAUAUUUAAAAAUAUAUUUCUUUAUAAUUAUUUUAAA